AUGGGGCCACUCCGCUCCGUUCACGGACAGGUCAAGGCACUUUUUGCUCGAGCCUUGCUUGACGCCUUUCCAUCUAUACAACAAGAUGCAGCGGUCGUGAAGGGAAAUCCGAAGUAUGGCGACUACCAGUGCAACAAUGCAAUGACAAUCUUCAAGGAGCACGGCACAGGCCUGGGAUUCCAGACACCCUUGCAGGUUGCAGAAGCCAUCAGGGGAUCUCUGCCGGCUAAUGACAUCAUCGGCGAGAUCACUGUUGCACCACAAGGAUUUGUCACAGUCAAAGUAAGGGAGGAAUGGAUUUGCAAGGAGGUGGGUCAAAUAGUGCUGGGAGAAGUUGAGUAUAGAGAUUUGCCCCGAAAGAGGGUUGUAGUGGAUUAUUCGUCUCCGAAUAUCGCCAAAGAAAUGCACGUUGGCCACUUGAGGUCGACAAUCAUCGGUGAAUCGAUCCGCCGGGUUCUCGAGUUUUGUGGUCACGAAGUCCACGGCCUCAACCAUGUCGGCGACUGGGGCACUCAGUUUGGCAUGCUCAUCGAAUAUAUGAAGGAAGCAUAUCCCAACUUCCAGGAGCAGCUUCCAGAAGUGCAUGACCUUCAGGAAUUUUACAAGGCCUCAAAGAAAAGGUUUGACGAAGAUGCGGAGUUCAAGUCUCGCGCACAGCUUGCAGUUGUUGAUUUACAAGCUGGUGGGGAGUUUGCGAGAUCAGCCUGGCAGAAGAUCUGCGAAGUCAGCAGAGUGGCCUUCAACAGGAUAUAUAGCAGGCUCGACAUCUCCAUCGAGGAGCGAGGCGAAUCCUUUUACAACUCCUUGAUCCCGCCACUCGUUGAGGAGCUCAAGGUACGGAAAAUCUGCACGGAGAGCGAAGGGGCGAUGUGCAUUUUUACACCCAAUGUCUCCACGAUCCCGCUUAUGGCUGUCAAAUCUGACGGGGGUUUUGGUUACGACUCGACAGAUCUGGCGGCCGUCUACCAUCGACUUUUUGUCAUGAGGGCCGACUGGGUCAUUUACGUAACAGAUCUUGGGCAAGAGCAGCAUUUUCACAUGAUUUUCGAUGCAGCCAAACAGGCAGGAUGGCACACUCCGCCACUGACGCGUUGCGAUCACAUGGGUUUCGGUGUGAUCCAGGGUGAGGACAAGAAGAAGUUCAAGACAAGGUCUGGCGAAACUGUGAAACUCAGUGAUUUAUUGGAUGAGGCUGUGCAGCGUGCCCUCCAGGAGAUUCAGCAAAGGGUCCAGGAUCAGAGCAAGGAUGGCGGUGAAGCUUUCCUUACGAGCCCAAAGGAACAGCAAGAAGCUGCCGAAAAAAUCGGAAUGGCUGCCGUCCGCUAUUUUGACAUGAAGCAGAACCGGACCACUAACUAUGUCUUCAACUGGGAUCGCAUGCUCGAUGCCAAGGGCAAUUCAGCAGUUUUCCUCUUCUAUGCCUAUGCGAGGAUUCUGUCCAUCCAGCGCAAGUCUGGCAUUGAGAUGUCCAGCAUCCCUGAAACAUGUCUCGAGGUGAAGCAUGCGUCGGAGAGGGAUCUUGCGCUGAAGCUUCUUCAGUUUCCCGAAGUGAUUGAGGCCAUUCUGGCAGACCUACAUCUGCAUCACCUGACAGAUUAUUUGUGGGAGUUGUGCAACACUCUUACGGCCUUCUACAUGAAGUGCAAGGUCUUGGGAGAGGCAGCGCAGUCCAGCCGGCUGCUUCUGUGCGAGGCUACUCGAAAGGUUCUCCUGAAAAGCUUCCAGCUUCUGGGAUUCACGCCGCUGGACAGGAUUCCGGCCUCCGAUCACAAUACCAUUGGUGCUGUUGCUGCGGUCGACAAACCCAGGUACGUCGUAGCUUACGCGCGUUUGCAGGUGUGUGUGCGUGUCAACAGCAGCCAUGAGCUCUGCCAUGCUCGCCGGACAGCUUCCUGUGGUCGUGGGGCGGCAUCCUGUUUGCAGCGCUCCUUGCUGCAAAUGGCGCGCUCAGUCCGAGAAAUCCUCGUGUGGAAUCCAGCUGAUGAGUUGCUUUCGCCAGCAUGCGAGGGUUUGCUAAACGAAGCGCGGUCGGUCCACCUACGCCUUCAAGAAGCAUUGGAUCGGGGACAGCCGAUAAAAACGGCUUUGGCUUCCCUGGCCUGCAACAUGGGAGCAGACAGUGAGGACGAGGAGUUGGCAGAGUUGCGCAUGUUCGUAUCUGAUGUGAUAGCAAUUGCCAAAGCAGCAAAAGCUCCACAUCCAACAGCAAGACGCAAAGCUGGGCACAAAAUGAGGGUCCAAGCAUCAUUCGCCAGUGAGGAUUCCCAUCCGUCCCUUGUCAGUCCCCUGAGUGGUGUCGAGAACACCAAGGCAGUUCCGAGCAAGACGGAACAUCAUUGCCAGCCUCCAGCACUGCCUCGGCUGACGAGCGUCGAUCACAGCAGUCGUUCGACAGCCAUCACGGAAGCAAAGGCUCAAGAUGCGGAAGAGCAUCCAAGCGACUCAGAUCACAUCCCCUUGCAUAGGCAUUUACAGCUUUCCUUACGGCGGCAUCUCAGACAGAAGGCACCUGGGCGAGCACUCCGAGGCAAGGAUUCGGCCGAAAAGGUCACAGCCAAUGAAAGUGCCAAGGCCAAGGACCGGGAGGAACGACAUGAGAACGAAGCAGAUUGUAUGCAUUUCAUGCAAUGCAACGAGACCGUCACUGUUGCGAACCAGGCAAAUGCCUGGAGUACCCUCCGUAGCCAGGGAGAGCACAGCGAUGUGCUUGCCGGCCGGCUCGAGACACGGACUAGAGAGACGAGUGGCGACGAGCAGAG